UGUAGGUCGUACUUGGACAUGCUGAAGGUGAUCAUGUUCAGCUAUCUGUUCUGGUUCGUGCUGACAAUCAUCUUCAUCACGGGAACCACACGCAUCAGCGUGUUCUGCAUGGGUUACCUGGUGGCGUGUUUCUACUUCCUGCUCUUCGGCGGCGAGCUCCUGCUCAAGCCCAUUAAAAAGAUUCUCCACUACUGGGACUUCCUCAUUGCCUACAAUAUCUUUGUCAUCACCAUGAAGAACAUUUUGUCUAUUCUGGCUUGUGGCUACAUCAACUCUCUGAUCCCCAACAAGUGCUGGCUCAUCCAGCUCUUCAGCCUGGCGUGCACCAUCAAGGAUUACAAUAUCAACACAAACCAGGAGCAUCUCAAGGUGGAUCAGCGGUGCGAGCUGCCCAACGACGAGGCAGGCAUCAUCUGGGACAGCAUCUGCUUUGCCUUCCUGCUGCUGCAGCGGCGUGUCUUCAUGAGCUACUACUUCCUGCACGUGGUGGCCGACAUCAGGGCCUCACAGAUUCUCGCCUCCAGGGGGGCGGAGCUUUUCCAGGCCACUAUCGUGAAAGCAGUGCGGGCACGUUUGGAGGACGAGCGUAAAUCUGUGGAGCAGCUGAAACGACA